CGGGGGUCAGCGAGUGAUUGAUCCAUUGCUUGAUUCAUUCAGCGACCGUUUACUCAGUGCCUAGUAAAGGCGGGGCACCCCUGUGUUUCACAGUAGUCUGUUCCGAAUAGCCCUGUGAGUAGGUACUACGAUGCUCUUUGUUUUACAGAGAGAAAGCAAGAACAGAAAGGCUGGGAAACCUAACCAAAGUCACACAGUAAAGUGGAGGGAUCCUUUUUCUGUUUUCGUUUUUUCGGCAUAUGCUUAUGCCUUUCCAACAAACACACCCUAAAUUUAUCCCUUUGCUGGCUCCCUGUCUCUCCCCUGCUGAGAGUAUGGCUCCGCAAGAUGGGGGAGCUCUGAAGUUUUGUUCACGUAGAACAGUAGAACCCGUAGAACAGUAGAACCCGUAGAACAGUAGAACAGGCACACAGUAGGCCCUGACCUCUUGUUAAACGAAUAAAAGCGGCAGAGCAGGCGGUCAGUUUCGUUCCAGAGCCCAGACCUUAUCGGGCGGUAAUUGAGCUCUUACUGAAGGUCAAUUCUUAAAACUAGAGUGAGGCACUGUGCCUUCUGGUGGCAAGGAAAACUUUGGGGUUUUCCUCAACUUGGCUCCAUCAUGGAGGUUGCUAAUUGCAUCGCCUGUGUGGUCAUUGCCUUUCCGGGGUCAGGGUUCAUUAACUGAGCCCACGGCUCAGCAGCUUCAGACACCAGCUGAUCUGCCAUGGGCUUCCUUAGUUAGACUACAGAAGACCCAGUCUGAGGCCUCAGAAGGAGGUGCGCUCCCCGGGUCAGAGGCAGAGACAUGGUCCUGAAGUGAUGGUCCCAGCAAAGGUACCUUUGUCUUUGAAUCCGUGGGUCCUGCCUCCUUGGAAAUAAAAUAGCUCCUCUGAGGGGAGUUGGAAGAGGAGCGCCAGCCCAGACCCCAGGGGCGGAGGGGGAAGGCUCACAGGACAGACCCAGAUGCUCUGGUUAGAGGGAAGGGGCUCACAGGAUAGCAGGUCCUAGAAGAACUGGACCUGCAGUGCCCUCUGUGCCUUCCUUCAGCUGAGAGAGAGCAAGGCUGACUCGGUGACUCAACGUCUAGCCACCAUCAAGAGCUGUGUGAUGGUGGUCAGUUGAACCCCUACUGGAGGAGAGGGAUGAAGGUUACAGACGGAUGGCGGGACGCUGCCCUGCUGUAGUGCCUGCAAAGGCAGGAUCAGGCUGGAAAGAUUGACUACCUGCCUCACGGGACUUUCUCCACUCGUGACACAUUUGUGCACACAUCAUUAUAGUUCCCUCUUGUGCCAUGGGCUAUUUUUGUUUGUUUGUUUGUUUGUUUGUUUGUUUUUGGCCGCCCCGCGCGGCAUGCGGGAUCUUAGUUCCCCAACCAGGGAUCGAACCCGCGCCCCCUGCGGUGGAAGCACAGAGACUUAACCAUUGGACCGCCAGGGAAGUCCCCUGGGCUAGUUUUGGAUUUGAGUCAGUCCCAUAGUAUAAACAACCCACCUACCUGUAGCGGAAAUGUUGCAUCUCCUCUACCCUGACUGGAUGACCAAAGAGGUGUCUUUGGUUUCUGUGUGUCUGUGACAUUUCAGCGUGGUCUCUAGGUAGGCCAUCACCUAGCUCUGCUGCCUCUCAUUUUGAUGCUAGUAACUGGGUCUGGGAAGUGGCUCAUCAAGCUCCAUCUUGCUGAUGAGGCCUGUUGUCCUGAUCCUAAGGCAGGGAUUGCUACAGUAGCAAUGGUUAACAAAAGCUCCUUGCUGAAACUGUGUUUUGAACACCGCCAAAUAAGGAAGAGCAUGGCGAUCAAAUGGACAUAAUGGGAAAUAAGGAAGUAUUGGGGCGGGAACAGGGUGUUGGUGGCCCACUGAAGGGCGGAAGGAGCCUGGCGCAAGGUCAGUGGUUUCCAGCUCCAUGUGGAACUGACCAAUACCUGGCCCUUAACCUCCCUCUGCCCCCCUCCAUUCCUCCCUCCUCGCCCCUCCCUUCUGCCCUGCGCUCAGCUCUGGUUUGUCUCCUUCCUCCAGACCACAGCAAGCGGUCCCUGUCCUCCAGACUUUGCUCAGGGUCUAUCACCUCCAGGGCUCAGUGUGAUAAUAGGUGAUUUGCAAUCAUUUCUCCUUUUUAUUUUACUAGUAAAUGAUAUUGUGAAAAAUGAAAAAAUGCAAGUACAUAAAAGAGGAAAGGUGGAAUCACCACUGGAAGGCAUAGAAUUCCUGAGAGAAAGGAGAUGUCAGGUUGUUAAUGGCUUCCGAGGAGAUGUCUUUAAACACAAGUCAUAAAUCUGUCCAGGAAGAGAAAAUAAGUUCACGUGGAAAACCCAGAGGAUCUUAGCCGUGUCCCAGGGGAACAGGCUGGAGCUACCAGGCCACGUGUCCAGAUCAUCCCCGCUGUGGGGCAAGAGUGAUUGUUAUGAAGCUGGGAUGGUGGUCUCAUGGCUGUAGGCACUGAUCUCGACCCUCCUAAUUCUGCCUUCUUAGAUCUCCAUCCUUUGUCAGGGCAGAGCCAGAUGGCUGUGUCCCAGCCAAUCACUGGGCUAAGGAGGAGUGUGCUGUUGCAGGGAACCUUGACCUUCAGGGACAUGUUUGUGGACUUCACCCUGGAGGAGUGGCAGCAGCUGGACGCCACUCAGAAGAACCUCUGCAGGGAUGUCAUGCUGGAGAACUACAGCCACCUGGUCUCCGUGGGAUACCUUAUGGCCCAACCAGGUAGGAUCUUCAGGUUGGGACAAGGAGAAGAGGAGGCCAGGAUGGCAGCUGGAGGAAGCCCAACACGGAGGUGUCCAGGACUUUGGAAAUUAACCAAAGGCACACAACAGAUUAAAAAGCAUUUAUUCAAGAAGAACCAGUGAACCUCACUAAGAGCAGCCAAGCGUGUGGUUUUCCACUUGGUGCUACUUUCCCCCCACCCCCACCUCCACCCCAAACCCCUGGCUCCUCAGCUCUGUGGUCCGGAAGCAGUGAAAAUUGGCAUUGUCACAGCAACUGAAGGGAGUUCCACCAAAAGCCUCAUUUCCAGAGUGCUGUCACUACUUGACCUAACUUGGAGCUCAGCUCCAAGAAAGAAGGGACAGUAUAUGGUAACUCCAAUCGCCAUGAAGAAAUAAACAGCACCAGUAAAGGUAACGUGCAGCAAAGUGUUAACAUGUCAGGCCUGGCUCCUGGCUGAAGUUUGGGAAUGCAGACUGUGGAAUGUUCCCUAUGUUGAUAAGAUGAUUUUUGCCUGCCUGGGGCACUGAACACCUGAUUUUCUUCUGGGUGACUAGAUGCCUCGCGGUGCCUAAUUUUAGUGGGUCAAUUUGGAAUCUCCCACAGACAAAGUGAAAAGGGCUUUCUAAAAAGCCUUACUUGCCGCUUGGACUUGAAUUGCAGCUGUCUAGCCCUGUAGCAUCUUGGCUUUGCACGAGAAAGGAGCAACUAUCCCUGCGCGGAUUUGUCUUCUCUACCAAGUGCCCAGCAAUGCUGGUGAAAAUGAACCCCUAUUAGGACACGUGAAGGAAUGUCAGCAAGCAUUGAAAUAAAUGGGAAAAAAUCUUACAAGCUUACAGAUAGAAAAAAAAUUAUACCAAGUAUCAAUAAUCAGAAUAGGCUUCAGAGUUCUCAAAAGGAAAAUUACAAUCAGAAGACAAUGGAACAAUGCCUUCAAAAGUCUAAGGGAAAGAAAUGUCCAUCCUAGAACUCUACCCCAAGUUCAACUCUCCAUCUUGGAUGAGGAUUCAACACUUUCAGAUAUUCAAAAAUCUCAAAAAAUUUACCUCCCAUGGACCUACAUUCUUUCUUAGGAAAGUACUGGAAGAAUGUGCUCCAGUGAAAUGUGGAAAAAGGCAUGGCAUAAAGCAAACGAAGGAAUCCAACAAUGCAGAAAGUGGAGGGAAUUCCCAGAAUGAUGGUGAAGAGAUGUCAGGAUGGUAGCUGAGCAAACAGGAAUGAGGAUAAUCCACCCAGAAGGAAGUGGUCAGAGGCCUCCGGAGAAACUCAGGGGUAUGACAUUGAUGGGACACUUGAAGCUCUGGAAGCAUUCAGAAUCACUCUAGACAACUGGUCAUGUUUAAGUUAAACUGGUGAUAAGUACAUAGCGAAAGAAGCAAAUGAAAGAAACAAGACAAUUAUUAACCAAAGGAAACUAAAAGUUAUGCAGAAAAGGUAAAUUAAUCAUAGAUGACUACAUGGCUAAGCUGUCUAUAGUGUUUACAUAGUCAUUAUAUUGUAAACAGUAGUACUGAUGUAAACCAAAUUUAUGGUAUAAUCGUAUUGGGAACAUGGGAGAACAAGAAGUUUCUGUGUUGCAAAGAAGACAUAGAGAUGGCCAACAGGCACGUGAAAAGAUAUUCAACAUCACUAAUCAUCAGGGAAAUGCAAAUCAAAAUUACAAUGAGAUAUUACCUCACACCUGUCAGAAUGGCUACCAUCAAAAAGAACACAAAUAACAAAUGUUGGUGAGGAUGUGGAGAAAAGGGGACCCUCGUACACUGUUGGCGGGAAUGCAAACUGGUGCAGCCACUAUGGAAGACACUAUGGAGGUUCCUCAAAAAGUCAAAAAUAGAAACUACCAUAUGAUCCAGUAAUUCCACUCCUGGGUAUACAUCUGAAGAAAACGAAAACACUAAUUUGAAAAGAUACAUGCAUGUCAAUAUUCAUAGCAGCAUUAUUUACAAUAGCCAAGACAUGGAAGCAACCUAAGUGUCCAUGAACAGAUGAAUGGAUAAGGAAGAUACACACACACACACACACACACACACACACACACACACACA